AUGGAGUACAAGAAAAACGCUCAAAUUUGCAAUUUGAAUUUGCAUUCAGUUCCGAACGAUGUCAUUCACAAGAUUGUCGAGGAUUGUUCUACAUUAACAAAAAUUGUACGAUCAUUAGCCUAUUGCUUCAGGUUCAUUUCGAAUUGUCGCAAGAGUCCAGACGACAGAAUUCUAAUCAGGUCGUCUAUGUCAGAAUUGACAGAAACUCAUCAGGCAAUGAUUAAGUAUUCGCAAAAUCUUCACUUCAAGAAGGAUGUAAUACAAUUGCGAAAUCAUAAGCAGUUAAUCCGAACUAGCCAGUUGCAGCAACUGCACGCUUUUUUGGAUGAAAACGGUAUCCUUAAGGUGAGCGGUUGCCUUUAUGAAACGCCUUCGAACUUCGCGAGAAAGCAUAUUACUACCUGCCAAAUGCAAGAUAACUCGGCCGCGCUGCUACUCGCUUCAAUACGUAGACAAUACUGGCCAUUGAACGCCAGGAACUUGAUUCGUCAGAUUUGCCGUGCUUGUGUAUGGUGUGUUAAAAACAAUCCAAAGAGAUUAAUUCAAGCAAUGGGAUCGCUGCCAGCCGAUAGAAGCAUCCAACCUUCCAGAGCAUUUUUGAUCUCAGGAGUGGAUUUCGUAGGUCCGGUCGUCACGCUCGUUAAUAAAGGAUGUGGCAGAAAAAUGUGUAAAUCGUACAUAGCUUUGUUUGUCUGCUUUGCAAUCAAGGCUGUCCAUUUGGAAGCCGUCAGUGAACUAUCCACGGCUGCACUUCUAGCCGCUUUACAAAGAUUCGUGGGACGAAGAGAGUUGCCACGCAAGAUUUGCAGUGAUAACACCACGAACUUCGUGGGAGCAGAUUGUGAACUUGAAGAAUUUUAUUCAUUUGUUCGUACCUCUAUCGAUAGAGCUGUAGGUGAUACCUUGCAAGAGAUGAACAUCGAGUGGAGCUUCAUUCCUCCAUAUUCUCCCCAUCUGGGAGGAGUUAACAACGGCGUUAGUUCAAAUAGAAGCCUGCUUGAACUCCAGGCCCUUGUCGCCUUUAUCGUCGGAUCCUUCGGAUCUACAACUUUUGACUGCAGGUCAUUUUCUGAUAGGCGAACCUUUAACGAGCCUACCAGAAGUGGACUUAAACUUAAUAGACUUGAUCGCUGGGAAUCAAUACAAAGAGCCGUUCAAGGAUUCUGGCAACGAUUGGCGACGGAGUAUAUAGCCAAUCUGCAAAGUCGCACUAAAUGGAAGAAGACUAAGAAGAAUCUCAAGAUCAACGAUUUUGUAUUGCUACAGGAGGAUAAUCUUCCCCCUCUGAAAUGGAAGAGUGAUCGUGUGAUUGAAACGCUCGCUGGCAAAGAUGGUCUAGUGCGAGUGGCCACUGUUCGCACGGCUAAUGGUAUCGUCAAGCGAGCCAUCACCAAGUUAUGCAAAUUACCUGUGGACAAAUAA